UUUGUGGGGGAAAAAUAACUAGAUGAGCUAUCUCUUGAUGUGAACUUCGAAUAUUUUUCAGACUGAGAUCGCGGUUACCAAAUUCAAUUAUUCGCAAUGAAUGUAAAACAUUUCUCGAAAGAUUACACCUCGGAUUACAGACGAAAUGAGCGGCAAGAAAUGCUGGUCGCUCCGCCUUUAGACUUGUCAUUUAAGAAAGCCAUCAACAUGGAUGAAUUGAUGGAGAAACGGCCGCAGACAAUACGCACUGGCAAAGCACCAGCGAGAACUUUCAGAGAUCGUUACGUAACCAGCACGUUGUGGCUGAGCAACAAUUUAUUAAGCUCGAUGGAAGGUGUUGAACGUCUUGCGAACAGAGUUCUCGACAAGCCUAUUUACCUCAGCUGGCUGGAUUUAUCCUUCAAUGGGAUUGGGGAGAUUACAGGGGAGAUCGAAAAGUUCGCAAACCUUAAGAUUCUCUACUUACACGGCAACAAAAUCUCAAAUAUCACGGACAUUCUGAGGCUGAAAAAGUUACGAAAUCUCAGAUCGUUAACGUUACACGGCAAUCCGAUCGAGGAUGUCCCUUGUUACAGGAAUUACAUCGUGCACCUCCUGCCGCAGUUGCUCGCCCUCGAUUUUUCGCCGGUGAUUGCCGGCGAAAAGAAGAAGGCGCGACCGGUCGGGUUUCACAAAAUGAUAGCAGCCUGAGAUAGAAACAUAAAAUUUUAUUUUUUUUAUGCUCUUUCAUACUUUUGAUACAUAUCUUCUCUGAAUCUUCUUUUUUUGUACAUUUUCAUAUUGCGUGAGGUAUGUAACAACUUUACGAAGCUGUAUGCCUGGUACAAAUUUUUCCUGGAAGAUACACGAAUAUUUGUUCAUGAACAAUGUACAGUUAAUCCCCAAAUUCAUUCAGUUAUAAAUAAUAAUAGACAAAAUUUA